AUGGCCGGUUCCAACCCCGACACCGCGCAAGAAACCAAGCAGACGCUGGUGCGCCAGUUCCAAGCCUGGGGAGAAAACCCAUUCCCCCCGACGCUGCUGGCAACCCUGAUCACGGCGCAGUACAUGCGACCCUUCCAGGCCCUGCCGAUGCUCUUCCCGCCCGUCCUGCUCUUCACCAGCUAUGCCAACCUGCAGGGCUUCAAGACCGACAGCGCCGGGAUCCAGGCAGCCUGGUCGGGUUUGUACCUGCUGCUGGCGGGUCGACGGAAGCAGCAAUUCAUGAAGAAAUGGGGCGCUCGGGGGAUGGUCCGCGGGGCGACUAUGGGUCUCUGUCUGGUGAAUAUGGUGGGCGGGGGGCUGGCUUAUACGUUGGGUAAGAGGGAGGAGGAGGAUGAUGAGUAG